AGCUGUGACUGCGCGUGUUUAGAGCGGACUUUUAUUUUGACAUCUUGAAAACAGGAAGUGCUUGCAUGCGUGACUGUCAAGCUGUAGGACAUGGGGGUUAAAAUAGAGGUUUUUAGGAUGAUGGUGUAUCUGUCGUUUCCAGUGACGAUGUUUUGGAUAUCAAACCAGGCCGAGUAUUUUGAGGAAUACAUCGUGAAGCGAAAGAGGGAGAUUUUCCCACCUGAUGAGAAAAUGCAUAGGCAAGAACUGGAGGAUUUCAAACAGCGCAUGAGAAACCGGAAAGAGCAGAAGAUGCUGAAACAAAUGGCCAUGGAGUCUGAGGAAUGACUAAAAAAAAACUUCACAUGCAAUUGUGUCAUAUCACAACCUUGAGAUCAAGCCUUCACGUGUGACUUGGAAACACUGUAAUGCUUCUCUCAAAGUGUCAGACCAUAUAGUUCAAUCUUUAUUGUUUCUGGACAUUAUUAAUAAACGGGUGGGAAAAUGUAUAUAUUUUUUGUAAAUAUAUGUCUUUAAACAGUUGCAAUUGAGUGGUUGGACUUCAGUGUGUGUGUGUAACUACCUGCUUGGUGAAUAAAUCAGAACACUGCUUUUUGUUUUUGCUGUUGAUUUUUGUUUUUUCCAAUUUGAAAAUAAAUAAGGAUUUUU